AUGUGGCGAGACCGCACCAACCUGUAUAUUUCCUAUCGUCAAUCCUACGCGCACCAUCCGAUUCACCGGAACAAAUAUGCCGGCUCCAAUACUUCAGGUACCAACGCCUUCUCCGCCGCCUAUUCGAGUAGUAGCUAUGGUGCCGAAGAUCGAAGGGGGCUCCUCUCAAGUGGUGGAUUCGACGACGAUGGUGACGCUGUAAUUGAGAUGGACUUGCUCCCCCCUCGCUGGGCCGAUGUCUCGGACGAGAUUACCGAGUUGCUGGCCGAUGUAGCGACUAAAGGGCACAACCUCGAGAAGCUGCAUCAGAAGCAUGUUCUCCCAGGAUUUAACGACGACGAGGCAAAAAAGGCCGAAGAAGCACAGAUUGAGCGGCUAACGCAGCAGAUAACGAGAGCGUUCCAUGACUGCCAUCGCAGGAUCCAACGCGUUGAGCAAAUGGUUCGCGAGUCCAAGGAGUCUGGAACUCUAACGAAAGCUGAGGAGGUGAUGGCAAAGAAUAUCCAGAUCUCUCUUGCAACAAGGGUCCAGGAAGCGAGCGCCAACUUUAGAAAGAAGCAAAGCGCAUAUCUCAAGAAGCUUCGAGACAUGGGAGGAUUGGGCGCCUUCGCUCCUGGAGAUUCAUCGUACAUGCCACAGUCAGGCUCGGAUAUGGAUCCUUCGCUGCAAGAAUCAGACGCUGACCGGUCAUUCUCCCAAUAUACCCUCCAAGCCGCGUCGCAACAGAAACUCCUGCAUUCUAAUGACGCUGCAAUAGCGCAGCGAGAGCGUGAGAUUGAAGAUAUCGCGCAAGGCAUUAUCGAGCUAUCUGAUUUAUUUCGCGAUCUUCAAACGAUGGUCAUAGACCAAGGUACAAUGCUGGAUCGUAUCGACUAUAACGUGGAGAGAAUGAGCGAGAACGUCAAAGGGGCUGAUCGAGAACUCAAAGUAGCUUCGGGCUACCAGAGAAGGACUACCAAGAGAAAAAUAAUUCUUCUUCUCAUUCUCAUUAUUGCAGGGCUAUUUAUCCUUCUGCUCAUAAAGCCAAAAAGUCAUGACUGA